AUGGUCGGGGCACUUCGAGAACUCAUCGAGCUCUUGCUGACUGAAAUCGCCAUCAGCGGCACCGACGGAACCCGGCUCGCGGAGAUUUGGGAUCUAAUCAAGGGCUUUCACAAUGGCAAAGUACUCAGUGCAGAGGAUGCGCCGCCAACCAUAUCAAACUUCUGCCUGGAUCGCGCCCUGCAGGAAGAUCUGUGGGAGUGGUUGACACUGAAUCCGGAGGUCUCUGUCGGACGAAACAAGGAGUUCAAUGGACUUAGUUUAUCCGAAGCUGAAGAGCUGGAUUCGCGAUCUCCAGAUCUUCGGCUAUUCGUUUCCGAAGAUCGUACCUGGAAAGCACUGACGGGCCAUGAAAAAGACGACACUAAAGUCCCGGCCACCGAGUUUGUUUUGCUGUCUAUCAUCGCCACUUGUAGGUCACAGGGGAUUUUGCAGACUGAGUUGGUUCGUCGCAGUGGCCAGGACGCCCGGUCGGUACCAAAACGCACCGAUGCGUUGAAUUCCAAGGGAUACAUUGAGAAGCGUCUGGUGCAUGUGAAAUCGGCCAAGACCAGCUUGUGUGUAUUCUCAAGAUUCGCCCAUGUCUCCGCCGUUGAUGCCGAAGUGCUGGACACCAAGUCUGUCAAACCACGAAACGUGAUUGACAUCGAUGCCUUUUGUCAGGGCCUAUUUCGCGUCCUCAAGCAACAUCAGAUCAUAUCUCGAAAUGACCUCAAAGACGAACUUGAUCUAAAUGAUCCUUGGCGACGACGUAUACUAAGUAGAACAAUCCGAAAAUUUGAGGCGAUCGGUUGCGUGCAACGAGUGAAGGCACGAUCGCAAUUCCAUGAUACCAUGAGGUCUCUUCAUCCAUGUGUAUUGUUGGUCCAUGAGCCGACGAAGAACGACAUGAAGAUAUUUAAAAGCGACUACAAAACUCUCUUCUCUGCGGUGGAUCAAGACAAUGACGACGCUGAGGAGCAAGCUGAUAUGCAGUCUUCUGAUCACCUGCCUAUAAAGUGGACACCAGACGUCAAUGUGCCGAAUUUGAUUGCCAACCUUAUUAAAGGUAGUGGCACCAAUGGAAGGACCAAUGCCCAGGUAAUUAGGGAGGGCUUUGGCAAGGUCUUUCGCCGCCCAAGUGAGCAUACCUUGAACCGUAUGACCGAGGCCUGGCAGCUAUCACAACCUUCGCACCUGAAGCAUAGCGCUAUCGUUCGAGAUAUCGGGAUGAAUCGCACAGUUACACAUUAUGUGCACUACUCGUAUCCUCAUUUUAAGGAGCUUGUUGAUACUGCACGUGCUGAUUGGGAGGCAGUCACCUUUCGUGCGAGAGAUACUAAGAGCUCCAAGCUUACUGUGCCACGCCCUGAUGCUCCACCCAUCAUAGACGAGAAUGGUCUCGCACCUCUGCAGUUGCCUAGAAAAGGAGUCAUUGAGCGCGAUUAUUACUGUAUACUCUCUUCUAAAGGUCUUAGCAACUACGCUACAACGAAGAGCGAUCCUGUCGCUGCGGUUGAUGAAGAGGGAAAUGUGGUUGCUUCUUUUGAACGCGAAUCUGGUCAUUACUCCGGCUUUCGUCGAAUCGCCAAUGCUUAUGACCAUUCUAAGCGGCUUGAAAGUACGCAAAUUGAGCAUCUGCCUAGUCCUCUUCCCGAACAAGAUGUCAGUAUACGGUCUGUGCCCAUGACCAAGGCUGAGAAAGUCGAAGUGGAGCUUAGAAGAGGUGAGAGAUCUGCUAAGGAAGUAUUCGCGUCUUUUGGCAUGGAUGAAAGUUGGACGCAUGUCGCCGUUCAGCUUAUGGAGCGGAAGACGCCUGGUGUCUAUGUGACUGGAAAGGGCAAAGCUCGGCCGGCGAGGAAAAGGCAAGGCCGACCGAGAGAAAGUCGAAUUGCAAUUUUUAGGAGCACCACGCUCGUUGAGUAUCUCAGAUCACUCCCUCCGUCGGAGUCAGACAUCUCUUCGGCUAUUCCUGUGCAGUCAACUCCACGACCUACCAGUAGAGAACCGUCAACUGUGGCUUUGGAAGAUAAAUUGGCGACAGAACCAACAGAACCUACACAGUCGACAAGUCACUCCAGUCACGCCAUCCCUGAAUUUCCUCUUGCAAAGCCUCAGACACUUUCUCUUCAGAUCAAUGCGCAAACUAUCAGCCCACCUACAACUGAACCGAUACCUGUAUCAGAUGCGGCCAUACCAGAAGCGUAUUCAACAAUUCCUGUUCAGUCAGGGGUACAAUCUGGGGCUUCUUCCAAGGUUGAAGGACAAACAGGCAUGAUUAUCGCCUCCCAAACAAACGACUUGGAGGGCACCAAAAUUGAGCCCCACCGUUCCGCAGAUUCACUAGCUACAAGAUCUACUGAGAUCCAGCCAGUGAAUGAAAGACUGGAACCUGCGCGAGCAGUCGCUUCUAAAUCCGAUCUUCCAGUCGUAUUUUCAAAAAGUAGGCGUUCCGAUAGAGGAGGUUCUGUCGGACGCUUGAGACAGAACAUCGUCAUGAAUAUCAUUGAACAGGCAGGGGGUGCUUUCCCCACGGGUACCGAGUUGUGGUAUGCGUUCGCAACGGUUUGGAUGAAACAUCUGAAUCAUAAUGAAAAGCCGGAUUCCCGAACAGUCAAGAACGUGUUAAAAUAUUUGAUCGACGGAGGCAAACUGCGCCAAAUGACCUUCACUGGGAAGGGACCGAAAGGAUUCAUGAUUAGCCGUAGCAUUGUCAUGAAACCAGAUAUCAGUUCUUCUAGUCCCCUGGUCACAAAAAUGAAGGAGAAACUACUCGAAUCAACUUAUUACGUGCCGGAUAAUGUCGAAGUAGACUCCGAUAUUUCGAGGCUGAUACGUGGUGGCACUGGUGCGCCGACUGGAGUCCACCCGAAACAAGUAAUGGAAUCACAUAUAACCGUUAAUUUACGGAACAAACCCGCCACCGUUGUUGCACAAGAAAAAAGAAGAGAAGAAUCUCUUCAGAAGCGUUUAUUAAAGCCUAUUCGCCUGAAGUCAAUGAACCGCAAACGCGAAGGAAGAACUUUGUUUUCAAGACCUGUUAGCAAAGGGUUCAGCGCUCGUCUAGAACCCUUGCAGUAUCAGGGCUUGCGCAAGGAGUCUGAUAUUCCGAUGAAUAUAGACAUUUCGGCGUCUGCCAAACGUCGCUUGCCUCGGGCAUCUGACCGCCCAGUUACAGAGAUCAAGAGACGUAAACGCAAAAACACUGAAUCCAGCUACGGCCAAUUUCUUAAUCAUCUUGAUGAUAUCUCCCACUGGGAAAUGCACAAUGUAUCAUCCACAGAUCUCCAUCAGGCUCCGUCUUCACAUCCACAAUACCCACACCACGGGUUAGGCUUCAUUCACCAUACUAUUCACGAAGCAUUUGAGCAAGCACCUAUUGCUGGAAAUAUAGAGUUUAUUACGGGUGGGGUGCAGAAGCAAGUCUCGGCUUCGACUUCGCAGGUGAGAGCUCGUCGAAACAAGCCCUCGAAACCUUCCAAGCCACCACUCAAGCGUGUAAUAUCGCAACCAAAUCAGCCCGAAAUUCCUGGUUUCCGAGAAAUAUCCGAGCUACCUUCAGUCGAUCAAAUGCAACAUGAGCAGAGUCCAGGAAUGAACAAAAAACCAGCACUGCCUCGUCGGAGACGAAGAGGUUUGAAAGACCUGCCAAGCUCAUUGAUUGAGAGAAUGAAAUACGCAAUAAUUGUCGUCAGGACCAUCGCGGGAGGACCUUACGGGAAGAGCGUUGAUUGGGAUCUCGUGACAAAGGCUUUUCCAGAGGAAGAUCCGGAAUUUAUACGCAUGAAUAGUAAACUGCUACUAAACCGUGAUCGGCGUCAACUAGCACAAAUGCAAGUUGAAUUUCGCGCCAAACUACUUGCAGAAUAUCGGAAAAGAAAACCUGCAUUACCUGGCAUAGAUUUCAAUGACAUACUGUCUUAUGACUGGGAUGGCGUGGUGACCUGGGCCACUACACAGUACUACUCGCCUUCGGCUCGAGAUGUACCCAACUUACCCGGAUCUCGAGCGCAGUUCAAGGAGCGUUUUGGACAUCAAGUGGACCAAUUGCCUGAUGAGUUUGAAUCAAUUUACACGCCUCACCCCACGAUAAGUAUCACAAAGAGGGCAUCGAUCUAUUCUUCUCGACCAUAUGUGAAUGCGCCUAUAAGUGUGAAUCAUUAUGAUCGAGAUCAAAGUGGCAAAUUGGAAGCUGUGAAAUGCUGGAUACUGUCAAACAUUGUCGCUAAAGAGGAAACAUAUAGUGCCACAGAUGCGCGGCAAAAACUAUCUCGUUUCUCUGAAGAUAUGAUCGAAGACGCCAUAAAGGAGCUCACCCGAGAUCGAUUUAUUUCUCAGUCCAACCGUGGGCGUGUCGUCCCGGGCCGUAACUACAGCCUGACAGAUUUGUUCUAUCAAUCAUUUGGACGCAAGAGAACCAUCGAUGCAGAAAUUCUGAAACAGGCCUCAAAAUUCAAACGGACUCUUGAUAAUGAUUUCAGACGUGACGGUGUUGCUCAGGUUAAAUACGACGCAUUAGAUGGGGACGUCCUGGCAGUCCUGGCUCUAGCAGCCGAAGGACGUGUGCAUAUUUUACCUAGCGACCCGCCUGCAAACCCAUUCGGUCUCACAGAAGGUAACUAUGAGACACGUGCCUUAGACAAGGCGAAAUUCAAAUUUCAAGUGGAUGUGAUCCCGGACAGCAACAGAUAUGAGUACGGUAACCCCGUAUGGAACAGGAUCUGUGCAAAUCGUAUGCCGAUAGGUGAAGAGGAGAUAAACCGGUUUUUCAAUGACAAGAACGGAGGCGUGGCUUUCGAAAAGCUGCCAUUAUGGUUGGAUAUCAAUGGUAAUAUACAAGAUCAGUUAUGGGAAUCCAUUUUGUCUGCGAUCGUCGGUAUUCUCGCGAUACGGCCCAAACUAGACCUGAAAGGCAUACACGAACAGCUCCAGAAAUAUCUAGCUUUGUGGGAUAUCGAGCGCGUUCUUAGUUGGCUUGAGGAAGUUGAAAUUGUCAGCAAAGAAGUUGGGAUUGGAGGCAAAAGUGUUUGGACAGUAAAGGAGUACUGGUGGAUGGUCUUGAAUUGA